AUCAGCGGGGCUGAGGCUGGCUGGUAAUUGAUGUCCGCGGGAGGUGAAGCUGGCAGGGCGGCUCGCAGCGGACACUCCCUUUCCGCGGGCCGGGGCGGGCGGGGAGGGCUCCGGGGCUGCUGGAUGCGGAUCCCGCGCCGCGCCGUUAUCUCCAGCACCGCAGGAGGAGCCCGCGACCGAGGAGAGCCCGUCGGAGCCCAGCCGGCGCCUCUGCCUCUGCCUCGCUGCCGUGGGCAGGGGAAGAGCCCUGCGCUGCCGCGGGCAGGACCAUGCUCCCCCGCCUGCUCCCAGGGACCGUGCUGCUGGCAGCCGCCCUCCUGCUCACAGGAUCUAGUUCAGGAUCAAAAUUAAAAGUUCCUGAGCUGAGCAUAAGUGGCACACAGCAUGUUGUUCAAGCAGGCCAGACUUUAAAUCUCACCUGCAGGGGGGAAAUGGUUCAUUCAUGGUCUUUGCCUGAAACUCUAAGUAAGGAUAGCAAAAGGCUGAAAGUAAUUAAAUAUGCCUGUGGAAGGAAUGGGAAACAGUCCUGCAGCAGUCUGACCUUGAGCAGAACUCAAGCAAGUGACACUGGAAACUAUAGCUGCAAAUACCCAACAAGUCCAGUGAAAAAGAAGAAGGAAUCUACAGUCUAUGUAUUUAUUAACGAUACAGGCAAUCCAUUUGUAGAGAUGCACAGUGAUAUACCUAAAAUAAUACACAUGACUGUGGGAAGAGAAAUGAUCAUUCCAUGCAGAGUCACAGCACCAAACAUUGUUGUUACUUUAAAAAAGAUUCCACGAGAAACCCUAAUUCCUGAUGGCAAGACAAUAAUCUGGGACAGCAUGAAAGGCUUCAGAAUACCUAAGGCAACCUACAAAUUCAUAGGGCUUCUGAGCUGUGAGACAACCAUUGGUGGACACAAGUAUAGCACAAAGUACCUAACACACCGAGAGACCAACACAAUCUUUGAUGUUCAGUUAAGCACCCCGCGUCUUGUCAAGUUGCUGAAAGGAGACAGCCUGGCAAUUAACUGCACUGUCACGGCAGCCUGGAACACCAGAGUGCAAAUGACGUGGACUUAUCCUGGAGAGGCAAGGAAAAGAGGUUCUGUAACACAACGCAUUGACCAGAAGAAUACGGAAGCCAAUAUUUUUUACAGUAUCCUUGUUGUUGACAAAGUGCGUGAUAUUGAUAAAGGCCAGUAUACCUGCCACGUGAAGAGCGGGCCAUCAAUCAAAGCUGUUAACACAACAGUCAUUGUUUAUGAUAAAAUGUUCAUUAAUUUGAAACGUCGAAGAAAAACUGCACUGGAGGCUGUAGCUGGACGAAAAUCCUAUCGUUUGUCAAUGAAAGUGAAGGCCUUUCCCUCACCAGAGGUUAUAUGGUUAAAAGAUGGACUACCAGCUGCUGAGAAGUGUGCCCGGUACAUGGUUAAAGACUAUUCGUUAAUUAUCAAGGAUGUUGCUGAGGAAGAUGCUGGGAACUACACUAUAAUAUUGAGCAUACGGCAGUGGAACUUGUCAAAGAAUCUUACGGUCACUCUUACAGUAAAUGUGAAACCCCAGAUAUAUGAAAAUGCUGUGUCAUCAUUCCCUGAUCCCAAUCUGUAUUUACUGAGCAGCAAACAAGGGAUGACAUGCACUGUGUAUGGUAUUCCUCAGCCUAAAAUUACGUGGAUGUGGUAUCCCUGUAGACAAAACCAUUCUAAAACAAGGCAUGGCUUUUGCUCUUAUACUGAAGGAUCUUUCAUCCUGAAAGCUGGCAGCAACAUAGGAAACAGGAUCCAGAGCAUCACUGAACGAACGGCUGUAAUAGAGGGCAAAAAUAAGACUGCUAGCACUCUCGUUGUAGCUGAAGCAAAAUCUUCUGGAAUCUACAGCUGUGUGGCAUCCAACAAAGUGGGAAAAGCCAAAAGAAAUGUCAGCUUUAUUGUGACAGAUGUACCAAGUGGAUUCCAUAUUAGUAUGGAAAAAAUGCCCAUCGAAGGAGAGAGUUUGGUAUUGUCCUGUUCGGCCAACAAAUUCUUGUACAAAGACAUUGCUUGGAUUUUACCGAGGACAGUCAACAAUCAAACAAAAGCCAAAAGGUCUCUCAACAAGGAGUACUCCAUCACCCUCACUCUGACCAUCAAGAAUGUUUCCCUGGCACACUCGGGCACCUAUGCCUGCCGAGCAAGGAACAUAUACACGGGGAAAGAAGUGCUUCAAAAGAAAGACGUUACAAUCAGAGCUCAAGAGGCACCAGCCCUGCUCCGGCACCUUACGGAUCAGACAGUGAACACCAGUAACUCAGCCAUGUUGGAGUGCCAGGUUCGUGGCAUCCCUGAGCCCCAGAUAUCCUGGUUUAAAAACCAUGAGGAAAUACAGCAAGAAUCAGGAAUAAUUUUAGGGCCUGGAAGCCGAAUGCUGUUUAUUGAGAGAGUAAAAGAGGAGGAUGAAGGACUUUACCAGUGUAUAGCCACCAACUUAAAAGGGUCCGUGGAGAGCGCAGCAUAUGUGACAGUACAAGGCACAUCAGAGAGGUCAAACCUGGAGCUAAUAACCCUGACCUGUACCUGCGUGGCUGCGACACUCUUUUGGCUCCUGUUGACUCUAUUCAUUCGCAAGCUGAAGAGGCCUUAUUCCUCUGAAAUGAAGACCAACCAUUACCUGUCAAUCAUAAUGGAUCCUGACGAAGUCCCCUUGGAUGAGCAAUGCGAACGUCUGCCCUAUGAUGCCAGCAAGUGGGAGAUUGCAAGGGAAAGACUUAAACUAGGAAAGUCUCUUGGACAUGGAGCUUUUGGAAAGGUGGUACAAGCAUCUGCUUUUGGAAUUAAGAAAUCACCAACAUGCAGAAUAGUUGCCGUGAAAAUGCUGAAAGAAGGGGCCACAGCAAGUGAGUACAAAGCCCUGAUGACUGAGCUGAAAAUCCUGAUCCAUAUUGGCCAUCAUCUCAAUAUUGUGAAUUUGUUGGGAGCUUGCACAAAAAAUGGAGGGCCUCUGAUGGUGAUUGUUGAAUACUGCAAGUAUGGGAAUUUAUCAAACUACCUGAAGAGCAAGAGGAAUUUUUUCUUCCCCAACAAGGACUCUCUGCAAGGAGAGCCAAUGAAAGAGAAAAAGGAUAUUGAGCCAGUGGAAGGCAAAAAACAAAGGCUGGCCAGUGUCACCAGCAGCGAGAGCUUCGCGAGCUCUGGGUUCCAGGAAGAUAAAAGUCUGAGUGAUGUGGAGGAGGACGAGGAGGUAGCUGAUGAGCUCUACAAGUUGCCCCUCACUAUGGAAGACCUGAUCUCUUACAGCUUUCAGGUGGCCAGAGGCAUGGAGUUCCUCUCCUCCAGAAAGUGCAUUCAUCGUGACCUGGCAGCCAGAAACAUCCUUUUAUCUGAGAACAAUGUUGUGAAGAUCUGCGAUUUUGGCCUCGCAAGAGAUAUUUAUAAGAAUCCUGAUUAUGUGAGAAAAGGAGAUGCUCGACUUCCUCUCAAGUGGAUGGCUCCAGAAUCCAUAUUUGAUAAAAUCUAUAACACAAAAAGUGACGUGUGGUCCUACGGGGUCUUGCUGUGGGAGAUAUUUUCCUUGGGUGCCUCUCCUUACCCUGGAGUCCAAAUAGAUGAGGAUUUCUGCAGCAGACUAAAGGAAGGCACAAGAAUGCGAGCCCCGGAACAAGCGACGGAGGAGAUCUACCAAAUCAUGCUGGACUGCUGGCGAAGCAAUCCCAAUGACAGACCAAGGUUCUGUGAGCUGGUGAAAAAGCUGGGCGACCUGCUGCAAGCAAACGUCCAGCAGGAAGGCAAAGACUACAUACCUCUCAAUACUAUAUUUACAACAGAAAGCACGUUUCCCCCUGCAUCCGAUCCUUUGUGCAAUGAAAAUUUUUCUGUUACAAGCUCAAGUUGUGGAAGCACUGAAAAUGUCAGAUACAUAAACACUUUCAAAAUCAAACCACCCCAGCGCAUAAAGACAUUUGAAGACCUUCCCAUCAAACAAACGCUUGUAUUUAAUGAUUACCAAGCAGACAGUGGGAUGGUGCUGGCUCCAGAAGAACUGAAACGCUUCACAUGGACAGGCAGCAAGCAGAAACGGACAUUCUUUGGUGUGAAAGGUGCCAGCAGGAGCAAGGAGUCAGUGCUUUCCGGAAUAACCAACCCGAGAAGCUUCUGCAGUUUCAGCUGUGACCAUCUCAGUGACUCCAAGCGAAGAUAUACUUAUGGCAACGCGGUGCUGGAGAAAAUGAAAGCAUGUCAUUCUCCCCCUCCUGACUACAACUCCAUCGUCCUUUAUUCUCAGCCACCUGUUUAAGUACUUCUAGGCCAAGAUCUAAAUAUGCGUUUAAUCCAAAAAGGUUCUUCUGAAACACUAUCAGUUUAAAAACUUUGACCCACAUAAUUCUAGUUAUCCUAAAAUUUAAAAAGAUAUCAUUGGCUUGAUCUCAGUGAUCUGCUUUUUCUACAGACUGCAACAAGCAUAUACAAAAUUAUAGCAAAAUACUAAUGCUUAGGCCUUGACUUUCCCAAACACUGAACACCAACAGCUGCCACUAAAUUUGCCCAGUGCUUCUGAAAACCUGGACGGUCAUCAUUACAGAGAAAACCAAGUUCGCUGUUUGGUCCCGGCAGCAGGAUGGUAUUUCAUGCUCUAGUCACCCAGCCUCUGCUCGGACUCGGGUGCAGCACUGGUGCCCUGGUCGGGAGAGGCAGCUGGGAGCCCUCGGGAACCCGCAUCAGGCACUGGGAAAUUUGCACCUCGUUGCUGGGGCCCAUGUACUGCUGGAAAAUAAAGGAUUCUUCAGGAAGAGAGAAACAAGAAACAGACCAUGCUCUACAGUUUUCAGUGAAAACUCUGCUUUGAGAAACCUGAGGAAAGGCUAAUGCUCCAGGGAAGCUGAAUUAGCUAGCUGGGGACGGGGCAUUAUACGGCUCUUACUGCUUCACAUGGCAAACGCAGUAAGGAGUCUCGCGAGGCAAGAAUUUCAAAUUUGUGUUGCAAAACACACUUGGCAAAGACAGAGGAAAACUAAGAUGAGAGCCAGGGCUGCAACAGCGGAGAACACAGAUCAAAUUGGUUUGGACAAGCCUGCUGAAAUCAAGUAAAUAUUCUUGAAGUUUUGCACUUUGUCAGUAUGCCAACACACACACUGGAACCAAACUGCAAGCUAGAUAUGUUAAAGCCAAGCUCCGUCCACAAAAUCUCGUGGACUUUCUAACACUGCACUGAUUAGAUUUUAUUUAUGGGAAUCUGUCUGAAAAGACAGGAUGGCUACUAAACUGCAUAUACUUUAAAUUAAUUGAUCACUAUAGAGUUAGAAGAGAUUAGCUAGAAAUAAGACAAUCUCAUUGGAAAGUUAGGGCAGCUUUUAUACAAAGACAGUUGAAUUUCCAGGUUAGUUAACAGUAUGUAUGUACAGGAUUAAAAACGUAUCAUUCAUUUGCAGCAGACUUUUAUACAACAUCUCAGAAAGGGCAUGAAUGUUCUUCGCUCGAGAAGUGUGAAUGCACCAUCCCCUUUCAUCCCUGAAUGCAAUAUUAAAGAGUUGGCCAUUUAACGCAGUAGCACUGACAUCUUCCAAAUCAACAACUGCCCAAUCUCAGCUUCUCAUGGUCCACUCUAAAUCUGCAUUAUAUGCAGCAUUUCAGUUAAUAUGGUUCUGGCCUCUUAAAAGUCAGCUUAGAAGUUAUGACUUUAACCCGCUAACAGACUUAAAGGCAAGUGACCUUUUGCAGACUUAAAGACAAAUGUUCUCGGAUAUUCAAGAAACAUGUACCGCUACUAUCAAUUCUAGAUCUUCCUGGCCAAGAGAUCAUCAGUUUUAAGUACCUAUUGCACUGUCUCUUGCUGGCAUAUUUGAACUUGAUUAAAACAAAAUGAAAUUUUAAGAGCUAUUUCUUAAUCCAAUUGAGCAAAAAUAGUUACGGGAUGAUGCAUCUCAAAGGAAAUGUUUGCACAGUGUAAAUAUAUAAAUAUGCUUUUUGUGCAUAAAUAUUUAAGAAAACUGGACUACAAAGAUUACUUUUAUAUGAACCCCUUAAGUUUCUUCAGAUAUGAAUAACUCUUACUUUGUCUUGCAUUUUCUGUCUUCAUAUAACAUAUCUGACUGCUAAAUUCAUAUAAUAAAGUUUGCUUUUGAAAGAAUCCACAGAAUUCUGCUAAACUAAUUAAUCCAGCAUCAGAGCCUGCUGCAGCAGAUGAUUCAGCACUGGGCAGCACCACCACAUCUGGCAAACAGUCCAUCCCAGGGGCCAGUUUUGUGAGCAAAGGAGAAUAUGGAAUAAUUGCACGGAAGACACACUUCUCACGCAAGAGUGGAUACGGUGAUGCAAGUUGGCACCUUAGGCCUGGUAGAUGCUUUCUCCAGAGAAUCUCCACAUCCCCACCCCAUCGGUCAGAAGCUGGGGAUGCUACCUCCACAGCUAUGUUCAGCUGAGUGCUCUCUGCUAUGUAGCAUUCUAUAAUCUGAUAGGAUCUCCAAGAAACACUGCAGAUAAACAACAUACAAGUGCUGGAAAGGGGUGGAGAUGAAGCUUUCUCUGGGGAGACAGAACAAAAUGGGAUCACUUACUGCCACAGGGAUGGUGUAGCUGUUGCUGCACAUUGCUCAGAAAGAAACCGGAGACUAGGCGAGUGCAACUGAGCUUACUGCAGCUUAUAUAACAAAAUUUAUAACACACUGCAAUUUAAAGGUUAAUGACUCCGCGUUAAAUGUAUGCAGGGAGUAUUGACAAUUUCACAUAUAUUGCACAAAAUUUCACAUUACAGAGGCAUGGUCAGGAUUGGAUGGGUAGGAGAUUCUACCCCACCAGUAAACCAUUCUGGGAAAUUAAGCUGUCAAUGACUCCACAGGCGAAUUCUCAAAUUAAUAUACUUUGUUAUUGGGCAAAAAACCUCAAUAAACAGGAAAGUAAGGGUACUUUAAUAGAGUUUUCAGAAUUAGGGCUCGUUUAGUGAAGCAGAUCUGAUCUGACAGAAGCAGGUGGGGCUUGACUUGGGAGUUAAGGAAAUGCAUAUGACCACAAUUCUAGUCAACAUCAUCUGUCAGUUUUAGGACACCUAAUACACUAUAAGUAGCAAGCACUAAAACACACUUUGUGACUCAUGAUUGUUUAAACUCUGCUCUGCAGGCAGAGCAAAUGCAAAAGAAAUAUGAUAGAGCGAAUACAAUUCCAGCACCAAAGUUGAAAAGCCCUGUAAGCAACUUCAGAACUUCACGUUGUCAAAAUAAGGCCAUGUUAUUUCUGGUAUUCUUUAUUAAAAAUACUGCUGUACACAUGAAGAAUGAAAACAGGAUUAAAGAUGAGUAACACAUAUUGGGAUCAUGACAUUAGAACUUAACAUACUGGUGCUUUUUAGGGGAAGCAGUUGACACCUGAAUUACCGAAACAAGGGCAAAUCAAAAAUACAUAGGUACCCUCAACAAAAUAUUUACAAUAUAGUCAAUACAGCAACAGAAUUUAAAACAGGUACAAAAAUUAAAAUGACCAACAUCAGAUGAUUUUGAAGGUUGUCCCUUCUGUGCUUUUAGCUGUAAAAAAUAGGAAGGUUGGAAUUAAAUUUCCCAUUGGGGAGGGCACAUCCUGGUGGCUCUUCUCUUUAAAUAUAGAUACACAGUUCUUCCUAUGAACAGAUCGAACUACAACUUUAGGACAACCUUCUAAAUGGCAUUAAAAUGGGGUAGAAGGGCUCUCCCCAAAAAAACACCCAAGCUGAACUUCAGACUGUUCAAAUCAUUCCCAAAUACGGACCAAAUGAAAUAAAUAGAAAACAAAGCUCAACUUUAUUUUAUGUAUUACCUGACACCAAAUAUUUUCUGGCUGACAUUAUGUAUGAAAACUUAUUAGCUGUCUACUUUUUCAUUUUUAAACCAAGUCCUGAGGUUACUAGGGGCUGAAGCAAACUGACAUUAUGCAAAUACACACAGGUUUGCAAUUUAGACAUGUCUUGCAGAGGGUGGUUUGCUGGUCUAAAAAGGAUGAGAAUUCAAGCCCUAUUUUACCCCUGCCUUAUACUUUCACAAAAUAUUGGUCCACAAAUUAAAUUUUCAAAGGUUCCCAAACCCCACAACUGAACAGAUGAUCCCCUUUCAUUUUCAAAGAAAACAAUACCGGAAAAAACCUCAGCCCGCUUAUAAAUUAAGCAUUUCAUAUUUCUUCUAGAAUACAAGUACUUCUUUUUUGUACAAAAGAAUUACAAUAUGAUUUGUCAAAAAACAUAUAAAAGACAGCUGCUCUUCCUCAAAUACAUGAGCUAAUGAUAAAAGACUGUUUUGCAUGUUCACUUUUCAAAGUUCCUGUUCCUUUUAUAUUAAAAAGAACAUUCUGGCAACUGUUAUCGUUUGAAUAUUAAACAUUAUGUUCCUUUUAAAAUUCAUUCGAUCAAAUGCAACAAUAAUCGAUUUUUAAACUCAACAACUGAUGCUACCUAAUGUGGAUUCAACCACAUUUUCUAAAAUGUGUAAAGCAUGUCCCUAGUCUUCAAAGCUUUCGAUGUGAAGAGAGUUGCUUUUUUCUUGAUGCAAGUCUCAAGGCGGAGAAUCAUUUUAAAGCUUAUAAAAGUGGACAGAGAAAUAUUAAAAACUUCUCUGAAAACUACAAAUAUUGAGAAUUAUUAAAAUUGAUGUCAGUAA